AUUAUCUCCCGGGGCAGAUCGGCUGCUCUCCGCUCUGUAGCGCUGGGUGAAUGGAAAGCUGCCAGUGCUGGGACUCAGAAUGUGUCUGAUGCCUGAAGUCAGGACUUUCUUUCUCUGCCGCUCCUGCUGUCUGACACUGCCCGGUUUCUGCUUGAAGCUCAGCGCCUGUCAUGUAGCGGAGUGCUGCACAAGAACGAGAGGGAUCUUUGGACAGCGAUUGGAGGACACGGUACAGUAUGAGAGGAAGUAUGGCCAGCGCUUGGCCCCACUGCUGGUGGAACAAUGUGUGGAUUUUAUUCGGGAGCGAGGUCUUACAGAGGAGGGGCUCUUUCGGAUGCCUGGCCAAGCUAACCUUGUCAAAGAUCUGCAGGAUUCCUUUGACUGUGGAGAGAAGCCCCUUUUUGACAGCAACACGGAUGUUCACACUGUGGCGUCCCUCCUGAAGCUUUACCUUCGAGAGCUGCCAGAACCUGUCAUCCCCUUUGCCAAAUAUGAAGACUUUCUUUCUUGUGGACAGCUGCUCUCAAAAGAUGAGGGAGAGGGUACCCAGGAACUGGUUAAACAGGUGAAGAAUUUGCCCCAAGCCAACUAUAACCUCCUCAAAUACAUAUGCAAGUUCCUUGAUGAAGUUCAGGCUCACUCCAGCAUUAACAAAAUGAGUGUCCAGAACCUGGCUACAGUAUUUGGACCAAAUAUAUUACGACCCAAAAUGGAAGAUCCGGUGACCAUGAUGGAAGGCACCUCACUAGUUCAGCAUCUGAUGACAGUGCUGAUAAGCGAACAGGGGCGAAUCUUUGCUGUUCCUCAGGCAGAUGUGCCAGGGAGCCAGCUGGAAAUCAGACCUGUGCGUCAGCGCAGUACUGUGGAGUGGAUCUCCGAGGAGGACGGGGAGGACAGCAGGUCGGAGAACAGCGUUCCCAACCCCGCUGAUUUGCCUUCCAGUAUGGCUGUGGCACUAGAGGCCACUCCUGGACCUGUGGGGAAAAACACUCCUUCAGAGCACAGUGGCAAAUUGACUCAGCCUGCCACCAGUCCCAACAAAAGAGUGCAGACACUGCCUCCGUGGAAAUACUCCUUCCGCCAGCAGGGAGCACGGUCUGUGAGUCCAAAGCUGGGCAGCUCAUCCUUAGAUAUCCCCAAUCUCUCCUCCAGUGGGAACUGGUUAAUGAAUGGACUGUACUCUCUCCGAGGCCAUCGCCGGACAGCAUCUGGGGAACGAGUUAAAGACUCGUGUUCUUCCCAGAGACUUUCUACUUACGACAACGUCCCCUCGUCCAGCCUCUCCCUUAGCACACACAGUAUGGCCAGCACCACGUGGUCUACAUCAUCAUGUGAAAUCUCCGUGGUGGACUCGGUCAGCAGCUGCCCAGCCUGCCGGGCCAGUGACUCUUCCACUUUAAGCUCUCUCAAAACCGAGUGGAUAACUCAGGGCUCGCUGUCUCAGAGUGAGGUCAAGACUGCAGAUCUGGAGAACAGCAUCGAAAGGUUUGAAGCAUGCAGCAGCAGCAGCAGCGAACAGAGCAACACGGCUGCAGCUUCCAGAGACUCUGUCAAAUGCUCUAGGGCCUUACAGAGCUUGGUGGUGGAACUAAAGACAGAACUGAGCAAACAGAGGACUGAAUAUGAGACUAGUAUCAAAAGAAUCCAAGAAACAAGUGCAGACCUGAGGAAACAAGUGGUUAGGUUAGAAGAAGAACUGGACCAAGAACGAAAGAAAUACACAAUGCUGGAGAUCAAGCUGAGGAAUUCUGAACGUGCUCGUGAAGAUGCCGAGAAGAGAAAUCACCUCCUGCAGAAGGAAAUGGAAGAAUUUUUUUCAACAUUAGGAUGUUUAACUGCUGGGAGUCAAAGUGCUAAAGUCCCCAAGUAGAAGAAGCUGUUGUACAGCAUAGAAAAUUCCAUUUCUGGCAAAACCAGUGA